AGCUUUACGCUGCUGGUGAUGGUCCUUUUCGUUAUUCGAACGAAACUAUGUUGAACGGCGGAAGUGUUGCAGUUGUGGUGGUGACGAUUUUUUUCAAUUUUAUGAUUAUUUCAACAGAGACAGUUCUAGGUCGAAAUACAAGAACGACCCAAUCAAAAGUCUCUAUUGUUGGGGAUUUGAAUCACGAUAUGUCUUUUCCAAAAUUCGCUGAACCCAUCCCAAACGUAACCGUAACGGUUGGAAGGGAUGCUCUUUUAGCUUGCGUGGUGGAUAAUCUUCGUGGAUUUAAGGUUGCAUGGGUUCGAGUUGACACCCAAACAAUCCUUUCAAUCCAUCACAACGUCAUCACUCAAAAUCCACGGAUAUCUCUAAGUUACAACGACCACCGAUCUUGGUAUUUACACAUAAAGAAUGUGCAGGAAUCCGAUAGGGGUUGGUACAUGUGUCAGGUAAAUACCGACCCCAUGCGUAGUAGGCAAGGUUAUCUUCAGGUAGUUGUACCUCCAAGUAUCAUCGAUCGAGAAACUAGUUCGGAUAUGGUAGUUUUGGAAUCCACUAACGUAAGCCUGACCUGCAAAGCUCGGGGUUAUCCGGAACCAUAUGUCAUGUGGAGACGGGAAGAUGGGGAAAAUUAUCGAUACAACGGGGAGAGCGUGAAUGUGGUCGACGGUGAAAUUCUCUUUAUCACAAAAGUCAGCCGCUUGCACAUGGCCAAUUACCUAUGCAUAGCGUCCAACGGAGUGCCACCAUCUAUCAGCAAGCGGGUGCAGCUGAAAGUGCAAUUUCCUCCAAUGCUUACCAUCCCAAAUCAAUUAGAAGGGGCUUAUAUUGGACAAGACGUUUCUUUAGAAUGCCACACCGAAGCUUUUCCUACUUCAAUCAACUAUUGGACUACUGAAAGAGGAGAUAUGAUCAUCUCAGGUAGUGAUAAAUACGAAGCGGUUUCGAUGGAUAGCGGUUAUAAGAAAUACAUGAUGCUUAAGAUUCGUAACGUUAGCCCCAAUGAUUUUGGAUCUUACAUGUGCGUUGCGAAAAAUUCUUUAGGAGAGACCGAUGGGGUCAUAAAAUUGGAGGAAAUUCCAGCUCCGACGACUCUUCGGGUUACAACGACGAUUCCAACAUUACCGGUAAAAAAGAAAGCUAAAUCAAGGUUUCCGGAUAGACAAGAACGAGGUGGAGUCGAUCAGAAUCGCGUUGAAAUGGAUUCUAUAAGCGAAUCAGAUUUUGAGUAUGAAUACGAUGAUAUAAUGUCAAGUAGAUCGCCAUCGAUCAAGAACUUACCUGGAGCGUAUAGUGUAGGAAAUCGUUGUUUUGAAGUUGGUUGGUCGUCGAUGGUAAAUUCAGUGUUCCUAUUAGUUACCUGUGUCGUCGUCCUUAGGUGAUUACUGUACUACAACGGACUCUAAUUGAAAAUCAACAUACCCCCGUGUGUGUUUCGUUACACACGUAUAACUGACUAGAAUUUGUACAUAUGUAAUUACUUAACGGUUGUAAUCUGUUUUAAUUUGUAAUAAUACUUUUCUUGUAUGGAAAAAUACAUAAAAUAA